GCCUUCAUCGACGCAUCACUGAAUGGAACUAAUUUUGAACAGUGCUUCCACAGUCUAAAGUUUAUUUGCCAUUUCACUUGAACACCGCAGGGUCAACUUACUAAUGCUUCCGGCACAGGUUAUGGGGACGUACAAGCUGCGCCAGUACAAAUCCAAUCCCGAUCUGGUGGCCCGCCGAGCCGUGGAAAACAAUCGAUUCGAUAGGAUUCCGUCUCCUCCGAUUAACAAUCCGGAAAUGUUGCUAAUGCGUCGCAAACUGGAGUCUCAUAGUGCUCGCAUGCGGCGUUUUGAUAAUGAAUGCCUUUACGGUAGACCACGAUCAGCAGACAAGAAAAUCGGUAUAACCAAGCAAGAGGAGAGAGGCGAGGGAAGCAACGAAACGGAAGAGAUAAGGCAACUCUGCAAGGGUUUCGGUCAACAGAUGUCACUUUUAAAGUGAAUUUAGUGUUUUUUUCGAUGAAAUAUAGAGUUGUUAGC